CAACCUUUCCUAUUGGAAAUUGAAACGUAACCAGAGCAAAACAGUAAAGGUCUUACCAAAGGACGCAAAAAUAAAGAAGUACUUCAUAGAAAUAAAUAGAAUGACUACACGCAAUCUUACAGAUGAACAAAUCGCCGAAUUUCGUGAGGCAUUUUCUUUGUUUGAUCGGGAUCAGGACGGAAAUAUUACCUCGAACGAGUUGGGUGUCGUAAUGCGGUCUCUUGGGCAGUCUCCUACAGCAGCUGAAUUACAGGAUAUGAUUAAUGAAGUAGAUGCUGACGGAAACGGAACCAUUGAUUUUACAGAAUUUUUGACAAUGAUGGCUCGUAAAAUGAAGGAUACCGAUAAUGAGGAGGAAGUCCGUGAGGCUUUCAAAGUAUUCGACAAGGACGGCAAUGGGUAUAUCACAGUUGAAGAGCUUACUCAUGUAUUGACCAGUCUUGGUGAGCGUCUCUCUCAAGACGAAGUUACUGAUAUGAUUCGUGAAGCCGAUACGGAUGGUGAUGGUGUCAUUAACUAUGAAGAAUUCUCUCGAGUAAUAUCUUCGAAGUAAUUAUCCUCACUUUCUUUAAAACAUUCACACCGUGAUCAAAAAUAUUUCAAUCAACAUCUGUGUCCUUCAUAAUUUUUUAUUUUCAAUCAGAGUAAACUCUUAACAUCGCAUAUUCCCAAUUUUCCUAAACUUCCGUUUACUAUUAUCAUGUUCCUUCUUACAGCUUAUGGAAAACUACUUUCCUUUUUCAUUUAUGAGAAAGAAAUGGAUUCAAAAAGUUGAUUUCCCUCUUACCUGCUAACUCUUAGGAAUGAUUUUUGUAAUGAAUAAAGCAUUUUUUCUGUCAGUCAGUUAUGUGAAGGUGAAAAAGAUGAUUUGGAAGCUUACCAAACAACUUUCAAUUCCUCCUUGUCCUCAUUAAACUAAUUCUCCAUUACUGAUCUUUUUCUUUUCAAAAAACAAGGCUUCAUAGGUGGUCGUUUGCAAACAAGGUUGUAUUGUCUCUCUUUGUAACGACUUUGUUCCAAAUGACUUGUCAACAGGUGUUCAUCACAGCUAAGGAAUCUUAUCGUUUUUUGUAUUUUUAAAGAUAGAACUAUAAGGUUGCCACUUACAAAAAAAAACCUUUCAAUUCUUUUGUUUCUCGAUGUUACGUAGCUCGGCUUUACGGCCUUUAUAUUACGUCCGUGAUCACAACCAUGGAUAGCAGAAUUACAAGAAUCCUACAGAUACUUUAACCCUUACUUGUUGAUGUGCUUCUCUGUAUA